AUUUUUUUAUUUUUUGGAAAUUUGUAUUAGCGAGUCUUCCACUAUCCGGUGAUUUCAGUUGGGGUAUACAUUACAUACAGGUGACAGAUAUUUUGGGAGGGAGAGUGGGGACGGUGCCACACUUUGGUAUAGGUGAUACUUUGUUUUAUUAUUUUAUUUUUCGGAAAAUAUUGAAUCUACUUUAACAGCAACGUCCCAGUUUUCGAUUGGUUACUUGAUGCGUGUUACCAAAAGAUCAAGACCCCACGGUUCCUUAUGCUCAUCGUCUUCAGCUGAUCAUCGCCUUCUUUUCAAUGAUUGCUGAUCAAUGUCUACCAUAAUUGGGAUCCGUGAAGUUAUCGUCGAUGACUUAUAUUCUCCGGCGAAGGAAAAAGCUGCCGGCAAAGGUUCCUUCGGUAGCCGUUGGGCGCCUCUAUUGCGCCGAGCUCGCCAACUAUUGGUCACAGCUAGAGUGAAGCUUGUGCUGAGCCUCUGUGCCCUAUGCGUUGCCGUUUUUAUGAUUUCCUGGACUAGCUCUUUUAUGGGCUGGAUCCCUGAAGACCCUUCUCCUUCUCUGGGAGGCUAUACAGUACUGAUUAACACCUGGAAGGGAAAUUCGCUUCUUAAGCAAUCCGUCACUCAUUAUGCGUCCUGUGGUGGCACCGAUGCAUUACAUGUGGUUUGGAGUGCGACUGAUCAACUAUCGGAGAACUUGCAAACUUAUCUCAAAAGGGUUGUUUUCUCCAAGUCACAGACGGUCCUAAAACCCAACUUUAAAUUAUAUAUUAACAAGGAGGAUUAUUUAAAAAAUAGGUUUAAGCCCUUUGCUGACCUUAGAACUCAUGCGGUUUUCUCGGUUGAUGAUGAUGUGAUUGUCCCGUGUUCAGCUUUGGAUUUUGCUUUCUCUGUGUGGCAGAGUGCACCUUCUACCAUGGUGGGAUUCGUACCUCGUAUCCAUUUGCUGGAUGGCCAGAAGAAUGGUGUCCCAUAUUACAAAUAUGGAGGAUGGUGGUCAGUUUGGUGGACAGGUGCUUACAGUAUAGUUCUCUCAAAAGCUGCUUUCUUUCACAAGAAGUACUUGGACUUGUAUACUCACUCAAUGUCGCCGUCCAUACAAGACUAUGUUUCAAGAGAAAGGGAUUGUGAAGAUAUUGCAAUGUCUUUACUAGUUGCCAAUGCUACAGGCGCUCCUCCAAUAUGGGUGAAAGGGAAGAUACAUGAAAUUGGAUCCUCAGGCAUGAGUAGUUUGAAAGGUAAUACUAACAGGAGAAAUAAAUGUCUCAACGACUUGAUUUCCCUAUAUGGAGCUGUGCCUCUUGUUUCAACUAACGUAAAAGCUGCAGAUGCAAGACAAGAAUGGUUCUGGUAGUAUCAUUAACUUGGGUCAAAUAUAAAUUUUCUUGUUCAGAAUUUUUUUCCAACUCAGAAAAACGCAGCAUCUGGAAGUUUGAGACGUGGCUGUCGUUUAAAUGCUUAAAAUGUGGAUCAAUUUAGAUUGUUUUAACGUGUAAUUUAUGUGCGAGUGUAUCUCUGUUUUUCUCAUCCCUUCUUUUGAGGUGAAUAGAUCCGUCGUAUGGACCAUGGUACAUAGAUGCACAGUGCAUUUUAGACUUUGUUUAGCCAGCACUAAUUACUGAUUAGUCGGUAAACUAAUAAGUCAUCAAUUCAAUUAAA